AUAUUCUCUCUUUAUGCUCUCCACCAUUUUACAUAAACCCCAAAAUCCCUCUUCAUCAUCAACAUCAUCUCUCUUUCUCUCUCUCUCCCUCUCUGUCCCUCAUUCUCUUUCUCAUUCAUUGCAAUGGGCAGAAGAUGCUCACACUGUGGAAACGUAGGACAUAACUCAAGAACAUGUUCUUCUUACCAUACAAGAGUAAUUAGGCUCUUUGGUGUUCAUCUAGACACCACAAACUCUUCUCCACCACCUCCUUCUCCUCCAUCAAUUUUGGCCGCCGCAAUGAAGAAAAGCUUCAGCAUGGAUUGCUUGCCAGCAUGCUCCUCCUCUUCCUCUUCCUUCGCCGGUUACCUCUCUGACGGUCUCGCUCACAAAACACCCGACCGCAAAAAAGGGGUUCCAUGGACGGAGGAAGAGCACCGGACGUUUCUAAUUGGGUUAGAGAAGCUUGGAAAGGGAGAUUGGAGAGGAAUCUCAAGAAACUUCGUCGUCACGAAAUCGCCGACACAAGUGGCAAGUCAUGCUCAGAAGUACUUUCUCCGUCAAACAACCACUCUCCAUCACAAGAGACGUCGCACCAGCCUCUUCGAUAUGGUUUCGGCCGGCAAGGUUGAAGAAAAUAGUACUCUUCAGAAGAGUAUAUGUAAUGAUCAUAUUGGGUCGACCUCAAAGAUUGUUUGGAAACAAGGAUUACUAAAUCCUUGUGUUGGAUAUCCAGAUCCGAAAGUAUCGGGGUCGGGUAACUCCGGUGGACUCGAUCUUGAGCUGAAGCUUGCAUCCAUUCAAUCUCCUGAAUCGAAUAUUAGACCAAUUAGUGUUACAUGAAAAAUAUAAAUAUAUAACUAGUAUAAUUCAAAGGUUUACAUAUAUAAUCAUCGAUCCUGUCUAAUUUGAUAAUUUGGUGAAUAUUCUAUGGUUUUUGCAUUGUAAAACUUUUGUCUUGGAUCCAUACUUUUUUUUUUUC